CCAUGCACGUCCUGUGCCGCGGCUCCUGCAAAGUGCUUGCUAGCAGCAAGGCAGCUCCCCAUAAGGCCUCUCUUCUCGCCCCUCUCCCCAGGGGUCGACUUCAAGAUGAAGACCAUAGAAGUGGAUGGUAUCAAAGUGCGAAUACAGAUCUGGGACACGGCGGGCCAGGAGCGGUACCAGACAAUAACGAAGCAGUACUACAGACGAGCCCAGGGGAUAUUCUUGGUCUACGACAUCAGCAGUGAGCGCUCCUACCAGCACAUCAUGAAAUGGGCCAGCGACGUGGAUGAGUAUGCGCCAGACGGUGUCCAGAAGAUCCUCAUCGGGAACAAAGCGGAUGAGGAGCAGAAGAGACAAGUGGGCAGGGAACAAGGCCUGCAGCUGGCUAAAGAGUACGGGAUGGACUUCUACGAAACAAGUGCCUGCACCAACUUCAACAUUAAGGAGUCCUUCACCCGGCUGACGGAGCUGGUCCUGCAGGCUCACAGGAAGGAGCUGGAUGGGUUGCGCUCGUAUGCGGUGGACGAACUGAACUUGGCCGAGCUGGAGGAGGAGGAGUGCAAACCCGAGGGGGCGGAGAACUCCCUCAAAGCCUGCUGGUGCUGAAGGGCCUCUCUGCUGCCCGGGUCCCCCUACCCUGCCGCCGGCCUGCUCCGUUCCCUGUGCUGCUGGACUCUUCUCGGGCUCCCCAGUGUGUGUCCUUUGCUGUUCCCUGGGUCUGCCGUGCUCCGUAGGUUCCUCCCGACGUGCUGUGUGUGCCAGAUGUCCCAGUGUCACUCUGCCCAUCCUGGUGCAUUUGUGGUCCCCCACUUCCCGCAACCGGAGCAGGACCAGUCUUGCGUGCGGCCUUCCUAGGAGGCACUCACAGGCGCCGGCUGGACUUCAGCUCUGGCUGUGCUAUCCAGGGAUUGCUUCCUUGUGCUCACAAGGACUCCACUUCGCUGCUAUGAGUGAGGCAGCCGAGAUGGCUGGGCAGGCAGUGCCGGGCCUGGCCCACAAUAACCUGAGCAGAGAAACUUCCACUGCCAACGUGCCCCUCUGCAGGUGGGGCAUCCACGUAUGUGGCUUCAUAGAGGGGCUUUGUGGACAUGUGGCUCUGGCUGUCUCAAACACUUGGCCUCCUUCUGCCAGCGUCCCCAGUGCCAUCUGCCCUGAAGGCUCCCGGCUGGGAGCAGCCCUGCCGCAAACACCUGUCCAUGCAGUGGGUGGUGCUGGGGCUGCCUGGGACCAAUAACCUCAGAUAAACUCUCCCCACCCGCUCUGCUGCCUGCAGUCUGGUGCUCAGACAGGACUCCGGGAGCCCCGGGGAAGUGGCUGGCCGUCCCAAGGGGCUGAUCCCUUCCGGCUCUCGGCGGGAGCUGCGGCUGGCCAGUGCCUCUGCAAAUGGGGCCACUCCUCUGGGUGCCCAUGCUGGGGAUAGGGCCUUGCGGCUGGCUGCUGGGCUCCCCGAGGCUGCUCAGUGCCAACACGGGCUCUGAGGCCAUCCUGGGCCCUAAUGGGGUCACUGCUGUGCUGCCCGGAGACUCCCAAGAGCUCUGGCGGCUAGUGGAAGAUGUCCCUUGGCUUCUCUGGGAGGCAGCUAGAUGCCAGACCGUGGGGUCAGCCAGUCUGCUCACGCCUGGCCAUGGGGGCUAACAAUCUCUGAAGGUCGGUUCCCCGUGUCCCCCACAGGCCCGGGUAGAGGUGAACCCCUUGGGAGGACGUACACCACAGCCUUCCUCCAUGCUGGACUGGCCGAGGAGAGUCAUGUCACGAGUCACUUAGGCCACGGAUCCAGUUGGCUGGAUCCCCGAGGAGCUGUCUGCCACCUAUUUAUCGCCCACCCCACUGGCCAUCCGGAACAUGGCAGGGAUCUAGAACCAGUGCUGGCUCAACCCCUCCUGUUCCUGGCUCUUGCCAGAGGCCUGCUGCACUUGGCACCUUCCCAGGCUCUCGGGGCUGAUCACCGCCAUCCAGGGGGUGUGAGAACGUCUCCAGUCCAGUCUCUGCACUGCAUGGUUCUGAGUCCAGUUCCCAGCCCGCGUCCAGGAGCUUCCAGGGUGACCUGCAUUUACAUGCAGGGCCGUGAAACAGGGGCUGCCCUGUCCAUGCCACUGGGAGCUGAGCUGUGAGGCAUAUCCCUGCUGGCGCUGCUCCUUGCCAGGCAUGGCCCGGCUGGCAGACGGACCCUCCUUGCUUUGCGCUCUGCCCCUCUGUCCAUUUCUUAGGAGGCUCUUCGGAGCCGGCAGACACCACUUAACAAGCCGGGAAAUGGGUUUGCGCCCCCUCUGCCCCCCGGGACGUGUUAAAUCGUGCUCUUCAUUUUCCACCCCUUCCCCUUCCGGUGUCCAAGGAGCAGGGGAUGGUGGGAGCCUCAGGAGAGAUGGAGGUGGGGUGGGGUCUCACUUUGCAAGUAUUAACCCUUUCUGUGCCAGUGCUGGUGGUUACCCGCUACACCAAAGGUGGUGUCAGAUGUAUGGGCAGGACUGAGUGUCUUCCACAUGCCCUGCUGGGCUAAUCAGAGGCCUUGGCUAUGGCCCUCCCCCACCAUCUCUGGUCGUCUGUGGCGCUAGGAAGGGCAGGCCCGGGACAGCACUGCCUAUUGUCCCACCACAAGGGGGCGCUCACCUUCAAACCCAGCAGGGACAUGGGGCAGCAGCAGCGCAGGCUCAGGAGCCCUGCAGGAAAGCAGGCGCUGAAGACGAAGGGCUGGGAUGCGAUCGGCUCAGCUCUCACGUCCCUCCCUCGGACCCUCGCUGCUGGUGAGAUGCCCCGGAGCCCUCGUCUGCAACAAGGGGGAAGCAGGGACUCGCGGAGCGCUGUAAAGAGGAGAACGCUGCGGGCGAAGGCUCUCGAUGCCCCUGCCAAUGGGCAGCAGACGGGGGCGGAUCGUGCUGCUGUGGGAGGGGGAGAGGCACCCAUCUGAUCCUUCCUUCUUGCUGGGCUCACCCCGUCCAGCAGGGCUCUAGGAAUCCGCCCAUGUAUUUCCACACUCGGCCCCAAGGUGCAGAUGCUGCACUCUAAACCGAGCUAGGAACUGCUGCUGCCGGAGAUCGUUAGACUCCAGCUCAGCCUCCCCUCGCUGCAUGGCUUCUGGGGGGCUCCACGUAUCCGUGAAGGCAGCACUGACUGCCCCCUGCAGGAAGCCUUGGCUCUGCGAGGCGGCGGGCCUGCUUCUCUUAGGCACUGCCUGGGGAGGUCCUGUUGCUGGCGCUGGACCGAGAGGCGAUGGUUGCAGAGGCGGCUCGGUGCAGAACGCCGUGAGUUCCCGGAUGCCAGGUGGGGGUAAGAUUGCGCUAUGGGCGGUCAGUUUCCUAGAGAAAUGUUCCCAGUUCCUGGCCCCAACUCCUCCAUUGCUAGUGGACCAGGCUUCCUCUGGUACAUGAGCCGGGUGUCCUGCCUGCCCCCAUGUUAGCCAUGGAUCUUUGUCUCCAGCAGCGACUGUCUGCUCAUCUCGUCCUGAGGUCCUGUUUGAAAACACAAAGCUGCCCCCUGUGAGUCCUCGGCUGUGUGUGUCCAUUCCGCCCGCAGCGCCCUCUGCCCGCCUGGGGGGGCCUCAUGUGACCUGUUCCUGGAGUUCAUUAUUUUAGACACAAAUGUUUACAAAAUAAAGGUGAUUUCAAACCGGU